AUGCACCCUACGUACGCUUUCUUCGUGUUUGCAUUGGUCUUGGUAUGCGCUGAUGUUUGCAGUGGCCAGGAAGUCAAACACCUCACCGGGGCCUCACCCGGAAACACUAAGAAACGGUCGGUGGUAACGCAAGAAAAGGGCUCGAAGAGUCGUCGUCUAAAGAGCUCUAAAAGUGGUUCAAGUGGUUCAAAGACUAAAUCCUCCCAAAGCAAGAGUGGAAAGAGUGGCAAAGGUUCAGGCAAAGAAGAUACCAGUGACGACGUCAUCGACUGCGGCGCCGACACGCUAACUUGCGCUCUAGGACCAAACCUUCGCUUCACGCUCUAUGUAGAAAGUGAUGCUGACAACCUGGACUUGACUGUCCUUCCUCCCGUAGGUGAACGCCUUAGUUUCAGCAACGACAAAGAUGAAGCAAGUUCCGGAAUAUACAUGGUCGGGUAUGGACCAGUGGACGAGGCUGGAAUUUUCGAUUUUAUUGUGAUUAAUAUCGGAUUUCCUUUGGCAGAUGCGUUAGCUGGCAACUAUGAAAUAGUUGUUACGACGGCAUUGGGUGCUGAAGUUCCUUGGUAUUUGACCGCCACUCUGGAUGGGGAGGUUGUUGGCGCGGUAACUGGAUUGAUUCCGGCCGAUCAAGAAAGUUCCGAACCGAAUAUUUUUACACUGGAAGCAAGCUAGAGCACUUCGAUUUAGCUAACUUUUCGCCCGUAGAUGGCUCCAUACUGCUCAUUCGGCGUUCCGGUCAGGGAGCUCUGCCACCAGUGAUAUCGGGAAAUCUAUCUUCCUUAAAUAAAUACAUAUUGCUUUCC